AUGCCCAUCGACUAUUCCAAGUGGGAUAAGCUGGAGGUCAGCGACGAUGAGCAAGAUCGAUCUGCCGAUCCCGAGGCCGUAUUCAAAGAUUUCAACGAGAUGACCUUCGCGCCGAAGGACAUGGAGACGAUAGAAGCAGAUCAUAAGCAGCUGCAGGAUUUCGUCAGAGAGCAUGAUUGCCCAGCCAAGGAAGCUGUGGCGGCAUGGCUUAAAGAUGCUGCUGGACCAGGGGAGCUGGACCGCAGCGAACAGAGUUUGAAGAGUGUGCUUGAAGGUUAUGGUUUGAUGGAGGCGGCCGUGACUUGUUUUGACUACGAUUGCCUCCGGCGAUUGUGGCGUGCUCCACUUGCAGGCCUCAAGGAAGCAGAUCAUGUUCAGCGCGAGAUUGGAAUGGAAUUGAACAAGAAAGGGGGCAUGCCCUGCAUGCGGCUGCACUACUACAUGCUGAACUAUGCGAUGUGUGGCCAGUACUUCUUCGGGACCAUUCCACGAUCCACAUCAGUGCUAGCCUAUGUCAACCACUUGGACAUCGUAUGGUCCGGUAUAGGUCAUUGGCUGCAUUAA